AUGGGCGCCGAUAUUCAGCAAUGGACGAUAGAGAAGCCCUGGCUUGAGACGCACUGUCUACUGGGUGAAGGACCUUUCUAUGAGGAGUCUACUGGCACCCUGCGCUUUGUGGAUAUCCGCAACAAGCGAUUGCAUUAUGUCAAGGUCGCCGAAGGCCCGUCAUCUCUCAAAACCACCCAGUUGGAUGUAUGCCCGACUGUUACGGCCAAUAUUGCUGGUGUCGAUCCACAGGAACGAAUUGCUCUUGGCAUCAAGUACGGACUGGCGAUCCUCGAUGUCAAGAAGGAGACAUAUGAGCUCAUUCAACCAUUCGAGGAGCCGGCAAAUGAGCGCAUGCGCAGCAAUGAUGGCGGCGUGGACCCUCUCGGCCGAUUCUGGAUUGGAACCAUGACAGACUUUGGUCUUGGACCCUUUAAACCUGAAGGAGCGGUCUAUCUCAUGGAUGCUAAGUCGCGAGAGGUCAAGCUACCAAACAUGACGAUCCCCAACACGCCAGGUUGGUCUCCUGAUGGGAAAACUCUAUACGUCACACACUCGAGCGCCGGGGAAGUCUUUGCUUUCGACUUUGAUACUAAGUCGGGAGAGAUUUCCAACAAGCGCGUCUUCUAUACUCAUAAUGGCUCAGGUGCGCCUGACGGUUUCCGUGUAGAUGUGGACGGCUUCAUUUGGCAUGCUGUAUACGGAGAAGGACGCGUAAUUCGGAUCGACCCGAAGACGGCCGAAAUUGUAGGCGAGGUCAAAGUACCGACCAAGAACACGACAUGUGUACAGUUCGUCGGCACUGAGCUCGUCAUCACGACGGCUGAGGACGACGAGGGCGAGGGAACCAGCCGUGAGUAUGGUGGGCAUGUGUUCAAGGUGGACGUUGGUAUCCGAGGCCUGGACCUCUAUGAGUUCAAGCUAUAG